CGUUCGAACGAGUUGGGAUCGCUCCAGUUUUUAAUCGUCGAGGUGACGUUCUAAUUGGCGAUUCAUCCAAAACAUAAGAAAAAAGAGAAGAAGUAGAUACUAAACGAGGAGAUACAGAUUUAGACGCGAUUUCGACGGAUCCAGAGUGCCACACACACACACACAUCUCAGACGCGCAGUAAACAAAACAAAAAAGAAACAUCAGAAUCAUGGACCCACAGAUUCAGGACAGAUGCAAGGAGCUGAUUCUCGGUGACGAUCAGCUGAAGGAGGUGAUGAAGAGGUUGACGGACGACAUCAACAAGGGUUUAGGAAAGAAGACCCACGCCGAUGCCAUCGUCAAGUGCUUCGUCACGUACGUGCAGGAUCUUCCCAAUGGAACAGAAAAGGGAAAAUUCCUUGCUCUUGAUUUGGGCGGAACGAAUUUCCGCGUGCUGCUGAUCGAGCUGGGCGAUAAUCACUUCGAGAUGAAGUCGAAGAUCUUCGCCAUACCGCAGCACAUCAUGCUCGGAUCCGGGGAGCAGUUGUUCGACCACAUCGCCGACUGUCUGGCGAAAUUCAUGAAGGAGGAGAAGGUGCAGAAGGAGAAGCUGCCGCUCGGAUUCACGUUCAGCUUUCCGCUGCAGCAGCUCGGAUUGACGCGCGGCAUGCUCGAGAGAUGGACGAAGGGGUUCAACUGUUCCGGAGUCAUCGGACAGGACGUCGUCCAGCUGCUGAAGGACGCCAUAGCGAGACGAGGCGACAUUCAGAUAACAGUGUGCGCGAUCUUGAACGACACCACAGGCACCCUCAUGUCUUGCGCUUGGAAAAAUCAUGAUUGCAAAAUUGGUCUCAUCGUCGGUACCGGCACGAAUGCGUGUUACGUGGAAAAGCAGAAGAACGCUGAGCUGUUCGACGGUCAGGACAACGGAUCGGGGAAGGUGCUGAUCAACACGGAAUGGGGCGCGUUCGGAGAUGAUGGCCAAUUGGAUUUCGUUCGCACGGAGUACGAUCGCGACAUUGACGAGCAUUCCAUCAAUCCCGGCAAACAAUUGCACGAGAAGAUGAUUUCCGGCAUGUACAUGGGCGAAUUGGCGCGUCUGGUGCUUCAGAAGUUGACGAAAGAAGGUCUCCUGUUCAACGGCAAAGGCUCGGAUCCGCUCUUCACCAGACAGAGGUUCUACACCAAGUACGUUUCGGAGAUCGAGAACGAACCGCACGGAACGUACAACAAUUGCAGGCAAAUCUUGGAGGAAUUGGGAAUCAAGCACGCUUCGGAGCAGGAUUGCGUGAACGUGCGUUACGUGUGCGAGUGCGUGUCGAGACGCGCCGCUCACCUGGUGUCCGCGGGCAUAGCCUGCUUGCUCAACAAGAUGGAUGACCCCACCGUGACCGUCGGCAUCGAUGGGUCCGUGUACAGGUACCAUCCGCACUUCCACAACCUUAUGGUCGCCAAGAUCUCGAACCUCGUCAACAAACACAUAAAGUUCAACCUGAUGCUCUCCGACGACGGUAGCGGACGUGGCGCCGCGUUGGUGGCGGCCGUCGCGUCGCGCAAAUGAUUUCUGCAAUCAUUAAUUUCAAGAGAGUCGAGUUCCUACGUCGUGUAAAUUGGAUUUUGUUCUAUAUCUAUUUCUUAAAUUAUUUAAAUUUUGUACAAAAUUUUUGCUAUCCUGAGCGGCUGCAUUUUCUUUCCAAUAUAUUUGUAUAAAUAUAAAAAGGCGCUCAAUAUGUAUAUUGUUCUAUUCGUUUGUUUGUUUGUUUGCGCGCCCACGAAAUUCUGUAGAUUUUAUACUUGUAAUUUGUUAAAAAAAAAAAUAUUCCACGUUUGUACAUAAUUGUAAUUUGAUGAUGAAGAAAAUGAAGGAGAGAUAUUUUAUAGGUAAAAGUGCUACCCGUGGAGAGUACUUAAUUAUUAUUUC